AUGGCUGGAGAUGAGAAUGAGUGUAGAACACAAUGUUGGGAGAUGGCGGUUAAGAUAUUCAAUACUACCUUGACCAAGGAUCCGAAGAAGAUGGUCGUGUCCACGGCAAACGGGCCGGCUGCUGGGUCAUUAGCCCAGAUCCUGGGCCAUGUUGAGACCGCGCGUGCAAAGGUGCAGCAGGAGAGGCCACCGUGCCGUGAGUCUAUGCGCGGGUUGUUGUUGGUCCUGUCCCAGUACAAAAAGUCCGCCAUCAUGGUGGCGUCACACAACCCCAUGGGCGCCGGCCUCGUCUGGCAUUCACUGGGUGUUCUCCUUGACGUAUGUAUUACCAUGUCCCAUGCUGUCUCGAGCUCAAACAUUACCCGUUUCCUUGCACCUUCACACCGGUAG